CUGUGAUUUCCAUUGUAAUUUUUUGGGCUAUUUUUAUCUAGUUGUGUUGAUACUUGUUCCACUGAGAAAUACUGGGAAUUCAAAUUAUGUGUUCUUCAGUAUUGCAAAACAAGGAUAAAGAGAAAUAUAUUGAGUCCUCGCCAGUUGUUUCUUUACCAGCUGUUUUACCUUGUAGUGGACAAGACACAAGUUUGACGGUAGAAAGACUAUCCAGUCCUACUGCAUGGAGUUCAACAGAGCAAGCUGUUAGAGACACAGGUUGCUCUUUCUAUCCAUGUGAAAGUAACUUGAGUACUCCUACUGCAGCAUGUGAGACGGAGCAAAGUCAAUAUAAGAAAGAAAUGAAACGUGAGAGAAGCAGACGGUUGGCAAGAGAAUUUCGAGCCCGCAAAAAGGAAGAGAUAUUACGUUAUCGUGCAGUCAUCGUCAGUUUGACGAAUAAAGUGCGUGAAAUGACGAUAGAAAACCGAAAGCUACAACAUCUCAUAGAAGAACUCAAAGCUUCAUCCAUAUACUCGGGCAGUUCGGUAUUAGAGUUGGAAAGUGAUAGCAGUAGAACGGAGCAAUUUGUUCAUAUGCAAAAACAGGUGCUACAGCUUCAGAUCUUAUUAUCCAAUCUUACUUCUUCUCGCUCACGAACAGACCACCACCAAAUGUUUACACAUUCAAAUAGUCAUGAAAUAAGUGCAUUCACGCUGCCUCCAUUGAAAGCAGGGUUAGAGAUAUCCCAGAACUCAUCACCCUGUUCGAUCUUUUCAAACUCUGAAACCUCUCCUAGACAACUUUACACACCUCGUUUGAACGACGUUACCUUUUCAUAUUGUACAACAGAUACCGGGACAGCGAAACACACUGUGAAGUUCUCAAGAGAUGGCGAGGUUCAUCAUCGUUCCAUUUUAGAGUAGUGGUCAUUCCAAAUCUUCUAUUUAGCUAUGCUUGUAGUUUAGAGUCGUAUGAAUGAGUGAUAGAUGAAGUGAAGGGUGAUGUGUUGUUUUUGUGGAAAAUGGGAAUUUAGGAAAUAAAAAUAGCAAUCGAUUUGUGGUAAAUGGAUGUUUGGGCCCGAAAGCGUUAUUUACAAGGCAUACGUUAUUUUGCUGGAAAGAAGGUUACUUUCCAACUGUAUGAAAAGUGAGUAUUGGUU